AUGGCUGAUGAAUCUGAUGAUAGAGCUAGUGGUGAUGUUAAAUCAGAUGUAAAACCAGAAGCUACACCAGAAGCUCCUCCACCAGAACCUGUUAAGGUACCUGACGUAGAACUAACUGUCGAUGGUUUCGGUUUCAUGCCGAUGAAAGCUGGGACACCUAAAAGGCAUUUCAAGACUAGAAAACCUUCAAAAGAUAUCAAAGAGAUCUUAUCGCCUCAAGAUCAACCGAGCAGUCCAUGUUCCUCAAGUAGUAAUAUCGAUAUAGUGAGAAGAUUUACAUGGAAGACCAAAAAUCGGAUGACAGUUCAGGUGAUAACUUACGGAGCUACUAUAACAUCCAUCCAAGUUCCUGACAAGAAAGGAGUCCCAGAUGACGUUAUCGCCGGUUUCGAUACAUUAGAAGAAUAUUUUCAACCAAGAAACCCUUAUUUCGGCGCUACAAUCGGCCGAUACGCGAACGUCAUACGCGACGCUACAGUGACGAUCAAACCUUCGGGCAGAAUUUACAUGCUCUCGUCAAAUCAGGGUCGCAAUCAUUAUAACGGCGGCUUCAUUGGUUUUGAUAAGGUGAAUUGGAGGUCACACGUGGUAGAUAAGAAAGUGUACAUGAGUCACGUAUCUGAGAGGUUCCACGAGGGUUACCCAGGUGCAGUGAUGGUCCAAAUCUCCUUCGAGGUUACUUGCGACAACACUAUCAACAUUGAGAUGAGAUGUACUACCACAGAGCCAACUAUCGUUAACCUUAGUAAUGCUCCGUACUUCAAUCUAGCUGGUCAUCACACGGGUUCGGAGUCGAUGCACGAACAUAUUAUCACAGUUAACGCUGACAAAUAUACACCAGUAGACGAAGAAGGAUUAGUUACAGGAGAAAAAAAAGUAGUAGGUGGUACCCCAUAUGACUUCCGAGUGCCGCGCAGCAUGAAAGCCAUGCUGCCCAAAAUUCCAAUGGGCGGGUACGAUGUCAACUUUUGCAUUACUCAGGGCACUGCGCAGGAUAUCACUUUCCAUGCAAGAGCUCUACAUCCUCACUCAGGGCGGGUCUUAGAGGUGUACAGUAAUCAGCCUGGCUUGCAGUUCUACACCGGAAACCUGCUUCCAGACCCUGAAAAAAUCGUAGAGAUGUUGCCUGGCGAUGAGAAAGAAAGCGUUGAAGACGAAUCAGGUCCAAAGGAGCAUAGCGAGAGCGAGAACGAGUCGGACAGUGUGUCGAGUGAAGAUGAGGAAGAAGCGAGUGAAGAUGGAAGAGAGGGCGUGGAACGAUACGGUUACGUGCCAUUAACAGGAAAAGGUGGGACAAUUUACAAAAAACAUGGACUGUUUUGUUUAUUACCGCAAAAUUAUCCGGAUGCUAUAAACCAUAAAAACUUCCCCAACUCGGUGCUUAACCCAGGAGAGGUCUACAUCCACAAGAUACAAUAUAAAUUUGGUCUUCUGCUUGGAAAAUACGUAUAA